AUGUUUAUAUAUGUUGAUCUACUUCUAGGUGUGCACGCGGGGAACACUAAUAAAAAUGGUUUCAAGGCACUUAUUGCUGCCGAGUACAGUGGUGUCAAAGUUGAACUGGUGAAGAAUUUUGAGAUGGGUGUGUCCAACAAAAGUCCCAAGUUUCUUGAAAUGAACCCCAUCGGGAAGGUUCCUGUGUUAGAAACACCUGAUGGACCUGUUUUUGAGAGUAAUGCCAUUGCACGCUAUGUUACUCGGUUGAAGGCAGAUAAUCCUCUUUUUGGUUCUUCCUUAAUUGAAUAUGCUCAUGUGGAGCAAUGGAUUGAUUUUGCCACUUUGGAGAUUGACUCCAAUAUUUUGCGAUGGUUAAUACCACGUAUCGGUUUUGCUGUUUACCUUCCUCCGGCUGAGGAAGCUGCAAUUUCUGCAUUGAAGAGAGCGCUAACUGCUUUGAAUGCUCAUCUUUCUUCCAACACAUACCUGGUUGGGCAUUCUGUGACGUUGGCUGAUAUCAUUAUGGCAUGUAAUUUGACUCUGGGAUUUAGCCGGUUAUUGACAAAAAAAUUUACCUCUGAAUUUCCCCAUGUUGAGAGAUACUUUUGGACCUUGGUUAAUCAGCCAAAUUUUCGCAAGAUAUUGGGCGAAGUUAAACAAGCAGAAUCUGUUCCAUCUAUUCAGUCAGCAAAGAAGCCUUCACAGGCAAAGGAACCCACAAGACCUAAGGAUGAACCAAAGAAAGAGGCCAAGAAAGAACCAGCGAAGCCUAAAUUAGAAGAGGCUGCUGCUGAAGAAGAGGCACCCAAGCCCAAGGCAAAGAAUUCUCUUGAUCUUUUGCCUCCUAGCAAGAUGAUUCUGGAUGAAUGGAAAAGGCUUUAUUCAAACACAAAGACCAACUUCCGUGAGGUUGCUGUAAAGGAUUCUGGGACAUGUACGACCCAGAGGGUUACUCGCUUUGGUUCUGCGAUUACAAGUACAAUGAUGAAAAUACUGUAUCAUUUGUGA